CUUCUCCACACCUCAACUCUCAACUUCAAUCUCUCCACUUCUCUGCCGCUUUCUCUCUCCUCCACCCCCCUUAAACCCUAACCAUAACUCUCUCUAUAUCAAACACUGACACCUAUAACACCCUCAACGACCCUCUGUCGCCCAUACCCUCAUACGAAAAUUCUUCCUAUGCUCUAACACAACCCAACAAAAUGCUUCCUCAAUACUUUAUAGUACUUUCUCUUCUUUUUUGUUCUUUUUCAACAAAUUUCUGGGUUUCAAAAUCUGAGGAGUCAUCGAUAUAUGAUGUUCUCCAAUCCAAUGGGCUUCCAAUGGGAUUGCUCCCAAAGGGUGUGAAAAACUUCACUUUGGACGACUCUGGAAGAUUCGAGGUCUAUUUGGAUCAAGCUUGCAAUGCGAAGUUUGAGAAUGAAUUACACUACGAUAGAAAUGUUUCGGGUACUUUGACUUAUGGGCAGAUCGGUGGGCUGUCCGGUUUAUCUGCGCAAGAUUUGUUUCUGUGGUUCCCUGUGAAGGAAAUUCGGGUUGACAUACCGCCUUCUGGGUUGAUUUACUUCGAUGUUGGUGUUGUUUCCAAGCAAUUUUCUCUCUCUUCGUUUGAAACGCCACGGGAUUGUACGGCUGUUCAGCUGAAUGAUCCUGAAAGCUGGGAGCUCAUGGAUAAAAUGGUGUCUAAGAGUCAGCUCUGAUACCGUGUUAAUCAGAAAGCAUUUGCAAGAGCUAUUUUGUGAAUUGUUGAGUUGAAAUAUAAUGAUUCAGGCUGCACGAUAGCUUAAUCAUGUCAGGGGUUCCAUUCAUUGUAUGUAUAGCAGAUCCUAUGCGUCAUUCCAGUGUGCUUGCUUGCGGUUUCUUGUAUAGUGCUGAGUCUGCCAACUCCUCAUCAUACCAGCUCCUGUUAUGCAAAAAUUACCUGUGAAUUGAACUUUGAAGAAGGUAAACAUGAGACAAUACGAACUCAUCGGGGUCUUAGAAAUGCUUAGAAGGACACAGGGACAUAAGCAUACGGGUGCAUCAGGUCAAGGUGAUCAGGUGAUAAAUCUGCAAGAGUUUGUUUUUUUGUAUUGAAUUCAUUACGAAUAUGUUCAUAAGAAUGGUGGUUGUAUCGUUUUUCUCUUUGUAGUGUAAAUGUUUUUUUUUUCUUUCCGGAAAGUAGUAUAAAUGUUAGUUGAUGAGAUAUACAUACUUCCAUGAUGGAAGAAAUAAGAAAUAAA